AUGUCUAAGCGCCGGGCGCAGGACAGCCAAAGGCAGGGUAAAAGACCGCGGCCGGCGAUCAAGAAGCACCUGUACCUGGUGUUGGAUGACUGGGAGAGGGGAUACUCCAUCCGGCAGAUCGACCCUGACACCAUGCUCUCGGUCUCGGACACCGACGACUUAGCUUGCACCAAUCGGGACCCAACGCACCUCCCCGAGCCCGCAGCGUUCCGGUUCGUGGCACCUGCCUUGGACACGCAAUUCAUCGCCAUGGGCAGCAACAUCGUCGUCGUGAGUAGCAGCGUAGGCGCAGAGGCUCCAACCCUGGUGUACGACACGGGGGCAGCGGCGCUGGCCAUCGGCCCUCCCCUGCCGGGCCUCCUCUCCGACUUGCUCGUCGCUACAGCAGGCGGCGACGCGGUGUACGCGCUGACAACGCUGGGCGCGGGCCUGCCGCUCGCCUUCGAGGCGUUCUCGUGGGCGCCCCGCACCGGCGAAGCAGCGGAGCCGGGGCGUCCGACGCACGGGUGGUCGUGGAAGAGCGUCGCCGCGCCGCCUCCGCCUUUCGCUCCGGAGGCCAUCGUGUCCUACGCGGUGCACCCGGACGGGCGCACCGUCUUCGUGUCCACGGCCACGCGCGCCGCCCACGGUUCGCGCCGCGGCACCCACUCCUUCGACACCACGCGCCGCGAGUGGCGGUGCCACGGGGACUGGGUGCUGCCGUUCCACGGCCAGGGCUUCUUCGACCGCGAGCUGGACGCGUGGGUCGGCCUCGACGAGGAGCAAGGCUGCGUGUGCGCCUGCCAGGUCGCGUCCCGCAGCACGAUCAGCAUCGUGCCGCCGGAGUCGGACAGGAUGGAGGAGAAGCUGUUCUGCGCGACGGGCGAGAGCACGCGCUCGCGUACAUGGGCGACAGCAAGUUUUGCCUCGUGGAGAGCGUGCCUCGGCCCCGAGAGGAGGAUGCUGGGCUCGGGAACGAUCGCGUCGUUCGUGUGA